AUGCUGGGGACAACGUUUCGUUUUGUGGCUCGCCAACGGGCAGUGCCAUUCCGGGCAAUCUCAAGCCUCUCGAGCAACCCCAAAAUCAAAGUCCUGAACAAUCCCAGUUCCCCCUUCACACACAUCCUCAGCUAUCUCGAGACCGAACCUCCGUCUGAGCGCCUAGCGAUUGGAACCACCACCGAAGUGCCUCCCACGCCCCAGUCCUUCAACGAGAACCACGACUUUGUCAAGAUCCUCAACGAGGUGGUGUCCGAGUACGGCCAUGAGGAUGAAGACCUAAUCAGCCAGGCGCGGGCAUUCGCCAGCCCCGGAGGAUUCAACCUCGGAUCUGGAGGCUCCUUCUUCUCCGCAAAGCGGCCUAAUCGAGGCAGGUCACGGAAGCAAGGUGCCGGAGGUGGCGCCGGAGGUUCCGGUGCUGGCGGCGCAAGCGCUCAAGGAGGCGCCGGCGGGGCAGGACGGGGAGGAUGGGUGCACCUCAGCGACCGACGGAAUCCCCCAGACUUUGGACGGAUAGCCUGGCCCGAGGAUAUCCUGGGGAGCGUCGAGGUGGACGGCGCUGGAACCAUCAUCGGCAAGGUGCAGCCCAGUGGGACAUACCGUAUCCUCACCAAUGCUGGAAUCUUGGGACUCAGUCCGUUUUUGCAGGGCAAGUUGAUUGAGAGGCUGAAGCAAGAGGAGGCCAAGCAACGUAGCGGCUGA